AAAGUUUACAAUUAAUCUAGUCGCAAUCAUUAUCCCGUGCCAAAUUGACAAUUCACGUGAAACUUCGACAGAACGAUUUUUGAGGCCAAUUAUAAGCAGUUAGGAGUGUAUCCGAACUUGCUUCGGACUCUUCCAACGGGUCUCGAACUUCGACUUGAAGACCACUGAUCUCUUCCACCCCCACCGAGCUCUUCUCAUCCGGCGAGUCGACGGCACUGGAUAAACUCCGGUUUGGUCCGGACAGUCGACAUCAAGAAGGCGCGCAAGCAUCAUAGUCUCUCUCGCAAGGGACAGGAAGAGAGAGAAAGAGAGUGCGGCAGUGAGUGCGUGGAGGGAAAACGAGAGUGAGGAGCAAGGAGCAGAUUUCUUGAAGAAGCUCGAGAGAGGUGUCUCCUUCUGCCGCUGGCAGGAUGCGCUCACCGGCGGUCCUCGCCGGCCUCUUGCUGGUCGUCGUCCGGCUGUCCGGGGGCGAGAUCCUGACGCCGCCGUACUUCAACCUGGCCGAGGGCAAAAAAAUCAUCGCCUCGGCUACGUGCGGCGUCGACACCACCGGUCCGGAGCUUUACUGUAAGCUUGUCGGCGCGAACGCCGAUCAGGACGAGAAUAUCAAUCUAAUCCAGGGUCAGGUAUGCGAUUAUUGUGAUCUUGAUAAUCCCGAGAAGAGACAUCCACCUGAAUAUGCGGUUGAUGGCAUGGAAACUUGGUGGCAGUCGCCGCCUUUAUCCAGAGGGAUGAAGUACAACGAAGUGAAUCUGACGAUUGAUCUGGGACAGGAAUUUCAUGUAGCUUAUGUCUACGUACGAAUGGGCAACUCUCCCCGGCCAGGACUCUGGAUCCUGGAGAAAUCGAAGGACUACGGUAAGACUUGGUCGCCCUGGCAAUAUUUUUCGGAUUCCGCCAGCGACUGUUUGACGUAUUUCGGCGUCGACAGCCACAAACCGAUCAUUCGAGACGACAGCGUGAUCUGCACAACCGAGUUCUCGCAAGUUGUCCCGCUCGAGGGCGGCGAAAUCCCGAUCUCGAUCCUGAAUAACCGACCUUCGGCGAAGCACUACUUCAAUUCGACCCUGCUGCAAGAAUGGACGCGGGCGACCAAUGUCCGUUUCCGCUUUCUAAGGACGAAGAACUUGCUAGGUCAUCUGAUGUCCGUCGUUCGUCAGGAUCCCACCGUUACGAGGAGAUACUUUUAUUCAAUCAAGGAUAUCAGCAUUGGCGGUCGCUGCAUGUGCAACGGACACGCGGACAUCUGCGACAUUCAGGAUCCUAAUAUGCCAAAGAAACUAGUCUGCCGGUGCCAACACAAUACUUGCGGACCUCAGUGCGCGACUUGUUGCAAGGGCUUUGAGCAGAAGAAGUGGCGGCAGUCCACGGCAUCUAAGAAAUUCAUAUGCGAACCUUGCAACUGUUUCGGACACUCGGACGAGUGCAUCUAUGAUCCGGAGAUGGACGAAAAGCACUUGUCGCUGGACAUUCACGGUAAUUAUGAGGGCGGUGGUGUAUGUCAAAAUUGCAAGCACAACACCGAGGGCAUCAAUUGCAACCGCUGCAAGCCGAGGUUUUAUAGGCCACGUGACAAACCGCUCAAUGCGACCGACGUAUGUCAACCCUGCGACUGCGAUUACUUUUAUUCGACCGGAAACUGCGCCGACUCCACCGGGAAGUGCGAAUGUCGGGAAGAGUAUGCACCACCGAACUGCGACUCCUGUAAUUACGGAUACUUCGGAUACCCCACUUGUCGACCCUGCGAGUGCCACUUACAGGGCACCGAUGGUUAUCACUGCGAAGCAACGGACGGUUAUUGUCCUUGCAAGCUGAAUUACGCCGGUCACUAUUGCAAUCUCUGCGCGGAGGGAUUUUACAAGUUCCCCGAUUGCUUACCUUGUGCUUGCAAUCCUCUGGGCGCCCUGAACGACGUUUGCGACGUGGUAUCCGGAAACUGUACGUGCAAGAACAACUAUGGCGGCAGAACGUGCGACAUUUGUGAAGAUGGUUACUUCAAUUAUCCUCUUUGUACAUAUUGCAAUUGCGAUGCACGCGGAACGGAGCCUGGUAUUUGUGACAAGAGUGACGGUGUUUGUUUGUGCAAGGAAGGAUACGGCGGCGUUAGAUGCGACCAAUGCAUUCCCGGAUAUUACGGUUAUCCCAAUUGCAGACCGUGCAACUGUAGCUCCGUCGGCUCGUCAACCGUCAGUUGCGAUUCUGCAGGCAAGUGCAGGUGCCUCGCCAAUUUCGCCGGAAGGACUUGCAAUCAAUGCAGUCCAGGAUAUUACAAAUACCCGGAGUGCAUCGCAUGCAAUUGCGACAGCCACGGCUCGAUCGGCGUGUCCUGUGAUGGCGAAGGUAAAUGUCAAUGCCGCGAAAACUUUGAUGGUAUUCGAUGCGACCAAUGCAAAGAGGGUUACUACAACUUCCCCACCUGCGAGGGUUGCAACUGCGAUCCGGCCGGCAUAGUUGCGACCUUUCAAGGUUGCGGCUCUCUACCGCCCGGUGAACUUUGCCAGUGCAAGGACCGGGUCGAGGGCAGGAUAUGCAACCAAUGUAAGCCGCUCUAUUGGAAUCUGCAGCCUUACAAUCCGGAUGGUUGCGAAGAAUGCCAGUGUAACAUUCCCGGAGUCGUUGGCAGCAUCGGCGAGUGCGACACUAAGACCGGACAGUGCAUAUGCAAACCCAGUGUGACAGACAGAGGAUGCAGUCGAUGCGUCGAUGGAACGUACAAUCUUCAGGAAAGCAAUCUCUUCGGUUGUUCUGAUUGUGCUUGCGACAUCGGUGGUUCCGUGAAUCUGAUAUGCGACAAGCAGACUGGUCAAUGUCCUUGCCAACCGCGGGUGAUGGGUCUAACGUGUAAGGAACCCUUGAAGGCGCACUAUUUCCCUACUCUUCACCAGUAUCAAUACGAAGCCGAGGACGGCAGAACUCCCAGCGGCAGUGCCGUCCGCUAUGGCUUUACGGAAGAUCUCUUCCCAGACUUCAGUUGGAAAGGUUACGCCGUGUUUUCCACCCUGCAGGACGAGAUCGUGCUAGGUGUAGGUAUCGGCAAGUCUUCACUCUACCGGAUGGUACUGCGCUACGUGAAUCCUAAUAACGAGCCGAUCCUCGGCACCAUCACUAUCACCCCUGACAAUCCGUCCGAAGUAGAGCAACAGUUUAAAGUCAACUUCAAACCGACCAGCCAACCGGCCUUCGUAACAGUCGCCGGAGCGCAUGGUAAUCAUCCCUCACCCAUGGUGAUGGAUCCUGGACAUUGGUCUAUCAAAAUCGCUACGAAAAAGAGUUUGUUCCUCGACUACUUUGUUCUAUUACCAUCUGAAUAUUACGAGGGUGGCAUACUAACACAAGAUGUGAACGUGCCCUGCGAAGUCGGCUACAAAGGACUCUGCAGACACUACGGAUAUCCAAAUCUAACGCGGUUUGACUCGGUUCACGGCGGCGGGGGCUUCCUCAGCAAGAACGAUGUCCGAAUUCCAUUGACCGAAUACUUCACUGAUCGCGAAACUCUGCAGGAGAUCGACGAGGAAGAGGUACCGCUUAUUAAUAAUCAGCAAGAGGAGAUCCACUUUGAACUGAGAAUUAGCAAACCUGGUCCCCAUGUUCUCGUGGUGACUUAUGUUACUCCGCGAGAUGAGCGGGCCACGUCGGUGUUGUUAAUCGAGGCCAAUACUGUUGGCAAGGGUAAAGUCACUCUAAACCCCUGCAGAUAUACUAGCACCUGCCGACAAGUCGUCACCGAUGCGUAUGGUAAAGUAGCCGUCAUGAACUUCCCAUCAAAUUAUGUCAGCUUGGUGCUGACCGGCGAGCCAACUUCGAAUGUCGCGAUCGACUCGAUAGUGGCAAUUCCUUAUUAUCAGUGGUCGCUGGAUUACGUGAAACCCAAAUCCACAUGUGUAAGGAAAAAUGGCAAGUGUGUACAGGGACUGUUCCCUGGCGCCGCCGAUGCCAAGAAAAUCGAGUUUGAGACAUCUAGCGACGUUCUCGAGGCCAAAUAUCGACCUUCUGGCAUUUACGAUAACGCUACUAAAUUGAUUUAUUUGGGUGAUGACGAUGCGAUGGUGGAUAUUCACGCGAAUGUAUCUCACCAGGGAGAUUAUGUCUUCGUGAUACAGUAUUAUCAACCAGAUCAUCCUGAGUUCGAGUUGGACGUGUUGGUGCAGAAUGGCAAGUUCUAUGAAGCGAAGGUGCCGGUGUCCCAUUGUCCCAGUAACAGCGGCUGCCGCAGCAUUGUACGUCAGAUCGACGGUGAUGGAAUUAGAUUCCAGUUGAUUGAGAACUUUGUACUGACACUGAAGGAGCCCGGCGACGGCCGCGGCAUCUGGCUGGACUAUGUCCUGGUGAUCCCGGCGGAUCAAUACAAUGAAAAGAUCCUCGACAAGCUACAGUUUGAUCGGACCAAGGAGUUUAUCAAACGCUGCGGUAGCAAUCACUUUUACAUCAAUGUCACCGAGGACGGCUUCUGCCGCGAUUCUAGCUUUUCGCUCACGGCCAAUUACAACAACGGUGCGCUGCCGUGUAACUGCGACGUCGAUGGCUCUACCAGUUUCGAGUGCGACAAAUUCGGCGGUCAAUGUCCCUGCCGACCGAAUAUUAUAGGCAGGCGAUGCGAGAUUUGCCGAACCGGUUUCUAUGGCUAUCCCAGAUGUAGACCUUGCAACUGUCCUGCGCUCUGCGAGCCAAAUAGUGGUAGAUGUAUCUGUCCGCCGCGAGUGACAGGUCACCGAUGCGAUCAGUGCGAGGUCGGCACCUACGGAUUUCAUCCAAUUAUCGGGUGCGAGGAGUGCAACUGCUCGCCUCUAGGCGUCCUGGACGGUGACCUGCAAUGCGAUCUGCUCGAUGGCGGCUGUCGUUGCAAGGAGAAUGUGGUGGGUCGUCAGUGCGACCGUUGUCACGCCGGCUACUCGCAAUUCCCGUAUUGCGAGCGCUGCGACUGCGACUUGCGUGGCACCACCGGUGACAUUUGUGAUCAGUACACAGCCGAGUGCUUCUGCAAGGCGAACGUCCAGGGCCUGGCGUGCGACGUGUGCCGUGAAGGCACCUUCGACAUUCAAGCCAACAACGAAGACGGCUGCACCAAGUGUUUCUGCUUCGGCAAAACCACCAGAUGCGCCUCCGCGAGCCUUUACUGGACUCACCUCAUGGACAUGGUCGAUUGGGAAAUAGUAGCGCCCACAGACAAGAACGGCAAUUUCACUAUUCUGUCGACUUAUCCAGCGGAGAACGCCACUACAAUUACAGUCUCACUCACCGCCAAUGACACCUUCGAGAACGUUGUCUAUUUCUCGGCGCCCGAGACUUAUCUUGGCAAAAAGUUGACCUCCUACGGCGGCUACUUCAACUAUACCGUCUACUAUAGUACGGGACCCUUCGGCAAGGCUGUCAGCGCCGCCGAUGUGGUUCUUCAGGGUGCCGACACGACUUUGUUCUACUACUCUGACGAACAGCCGCCAUCCUUUGUAAACUUUAGAUCAUCCGUCCAUCUCGUAGAGACUAAUUUUUUAACUAGCAACAGACUCAGCGCUACAAGAGAACAGAUUAUGGUGGUUCUGGAGAAUCUACGUGGAAUAUACGUGCGUGCUACAUACUGGAAUCCCAGCCUCAUCGCGUCAUUAGCGUACGCAACUUUGGAUGUCACAACGGAACAAUAUUCGGCUCAAUAUAGCGUUCCGGCCAGCAGCGUCGAGCAGUGCCAAUGUCCACCCAACUACCAAGGACUUUCGUGCGAAGAAUGCGCACCAGGAUAUUACAGAGUCAAGUCAGGACCGUAUGGAGGAUAUUGCGCACCGUGUCAGUGCAACGGUCACGCGGCUACAUGCGACGUAGACACAGGGAUCUGUCAGAAUUGCAAGAACGGCACCAUCGGCGAUCAUUGCGAGUUCUGCGAACAGGGUUAUUACGGUAACGCCACAGUGGGAACACCGACGGAUUGUUUGAUUUGCGCCUGCCCGCUGCCAGUCGCCUCCAACAAUUUUGCCACCGGCUGCGAGGUAAACGACGAAGGCAAUAAGAUAAGCUGCGACUGUCUACCUGGAUACUACGGUGCACGUUGUGAGGCCUGCGCCGCCGGUUUCUACGGUAAUCCUGAGAUAUACGGCGACUACUGCAAACUGUGCGAGUGCUCCGGCAACAUCGACACCAACCAGAUCGGCUCGUGCGACAGCAUUACGGGCCAGUGUCUACAAUGCUUAAAUAACACCUACGGCGAGGCGUGCAAUUUGUGCGCACCCGGUUACUUCGGCGACGCCGUGGAGCGGAAGGACUGUCGCAGUUGUAUGUGCGACGACUGCGGGAUGGAGCACUGCGACAGCUACAGCGGCCAAUGCUUCUGCCAAGAGAACGUGAUCGGGGAGAAAUGCGAUCGCUGCGCGCCCGAUCAUUAUGGCUUCAGCAGCUGCGAAGGCUGCAGGCUCUGUGAUUGUGGUUUGGCCUCGGAGAGCAGUCAGUGCGACGACGAGACGGGACAGUGCAAGUGUAUGCCGGGCGUCACCGGUCGCAGAUGCGACCAGUGCAUUCAGGGAUAUUGGGAUUACGGACUGGACGGAUGCACAUCUUGCGAAUGUCAUACUGGUUAUUCCGUCGGCGUAUCUUGCAAUACAACUACCGGCCAGUGUACUUGUCUACCUGGUGUGAUUGGUGAAAAGUGUGACCAUUGCCCAUAUCGACACGUGCUUAUUCCGGCACAGGGUUGUUUCUCCUGCGGUUCUUGUACGGGAUAUCUUCUGGAUGUCACGGACGAUUUGGAAGAUUUAUUGCAGCCUAUCUCACGCGAAUAUAGUACUGUUGCAGAAGGUUACUUUACAAACCAGCGACUCAAGUUUAUCAACGAUACGGCCAACGAACUUUAUCCCGAAGUUGAAUUGCUGGAUCCAAGUCGGCCAAAUUUGCUGCCGUUACAGGCGAAACUAGAACGAUUAGAGCACGACGUGUACAACCAGAAACGACAGAUUGAUUUCACCGCUGAGGACAGUAUCAAGUGGAAGGACAGCGCGGAGGACACGCUGCGAGACAUGAACACUCUGGAGGAUGACGUGGUACAGAAGAUCAAUUUGGUAAAUCAGAUCGUAUCGGAAGUGCAAUCGUUGGUGUUGAAUAUCGAAUUAGGAACAGGCGCCAAGGUCGACAAUGCGCUAAAUGAGGCGAAGGAGAUUCUAAAGAAGAUCAAAGACGUCUCCUUCAUCAAGUUCCGAGAUAACGCUGUGGAUCAAGCGGACCACGCCAACAUUUUGGUUUCCGAGAUGCAGCAAUACAACUUUCCGGUCAACAAUUUGAGCUCCGCUGCGUUCGAUCUCAGCAACAGGAUCAAAAACGCCAGCGCCAAGAUGGAUGAUUUGCUAGAUAUCGCGCAGACGGCUCAAAGACAGGCCAGUGCGGUCGAUAAGUUGAAUCGGGAAAACAGAAUCGCAGCGCAGACCGGCAACUUGGACGUGGUGAAAAACUCUACGGCCGAGGCAAGGGAAGACUUAGAAGCCGGCGAAGAGCUCAACAGAAAUGCCAGCCAAUUUCUUGAGGACGCUAAAGCAAAUAUUGAUAUUCUGCAAACCAAUGCCGUUGCCGACACGGCUGCUCAGCUGAACAACACCAUCGUCCAGAACGAUCAAAUGUUGAUCGAGCAGAUUGAGCCGGUACAGAAGGCUAAGUCUCAUGCGGCAUAUUUGUACAAUCAUUCGUUGGAACUGGACAGUUUGCUAACUGACACUCGCAAUACUGAUGCGGUGAGAGCCGUUUCGGCGUACAGGGACAUCGAAAUCGCGAUUCAAGCCGCGAGAGAUGCUGCGGACGACGCUGCAAUCGCUGCUAAGAAUGCAACAUCGCUGUCCGGUGGAAUCGAGCAAAAACUGCUAGAUUCUCGGCAAGAAUGCUUUAGGCUGUUAACUGCUGCACAACACGCUCUAACAAAUACAACAGAACAGUCCGAGAAUGAAUUACGAGAUGCAAGAAACAACGCGACUCUGAUCGACAAUCAAAAUAAACGCAAUAAGGAGAUUCUCGAUUCUGUCGACAAGAUCCUCAGCAAUAUUCCUUCACAAUCAUCUUCAGUCGCGCAUGACGCCAUGAAUCAAGCGGUGAAUGUGGAACGCAAUAUCAUAUUUGCCAUCGACAACAUGAACGGUAUUGUGGAUCGAAUUCCGGAAGAUCUGCGGGAGACGAAGCAGUUGUCAAAGAAUACGUCGGAGUCGAUCCGCGACAUUUCGCAGGCAAAUAAGCAGCUAGAUAUUGUCGACAAAGUGAUGCCAAAUAUCACCAGUCUAUUAAACAGUUUAAAUGACAAUCAAAAAUCGAUUGAUACGAUCGGGAACGAUUUGCAAAACAAGAUCGAGGCUUUGAGGAACAAGAUCGCAAACGCGCGAGAGCUAGCAAAUCGAUACAAGACUGGCUUGACCUUCUACAGGAACACCACUCUGGAACUGAAGAAUCCAGAGAAUCUGCCGUUAGUAGCCACAUCUACCAAGAUAUCCCUGUAUUUCAGGACUAAUAACACCAACGGUUUUCUGUUGUACCUCGGCAACGAGGAAAAGACGAAAUUACCGCGCUCUAAGACGCAUGAUUUUAUGGCGCUGUUGAUCGAGAGCGGAUAUCCUGUGCUUAUAGUCGAUUUGGGUUCUGGGCCCGAGAGGAUAAUUCAUAAUAGAUUCGUAUCGGAUAACAUAUGGCGGCAGAUAAUUAUCGAAAGGACCGGCAAGAACGUUAAGUUGAUUGUUCGCGAAGAUAUCGGUGAAGGCAAGGACAUGUUAUACGAGAAGGAGCGAGUACUAUCGGGCUCUUAUUACAUCUUCAACGUGGAUGACGAACAUUCGAAGUUGUUUGUCGGUGGAUAUCCGUCAUCCUUCCACAUUCAAGACGCCGUAACUGCAUCCUCAUUCGAAGGCGAGAUGGAAGAACUGGUAAUAGGCGAUAUACCGGUGUCCUUCUGGAACUUUGUCGACGGCGAAAACAAUCGCAAGAGUGCGUUCGAGCGCGACAAGCUCAUCAACUUUGCGCCGAGCAGAGGAUAUCGCUUUGAUCGACAUGGAUACGCGAUUCUCAGUAAAAGAGCUUCGCAGAUUACACUGGACAUCAGGAAGUUUAUCAUCAAACUAUCCUUUAAAACCUUUGCGGAAGACGGACUGAUUUAUUUAAUGGGCAAAGGCAGACAAUUCUUGUCGCUGGAAAUGAGACAAGGCCGAGUGUUGUAUCAGUUUGAUCUUGGCGAGGGUGAAAUUACCAUGAAAUCCGUCGACAAGUAUAAUGAUGGUAACUGGCACACUUUAGAGGCCAUCAGACAAGACACAAUGGGUGCGCUCAAGAUCGAUGACCACACGGUCGCUUCAAGACAAGAGAAAGGAACCACCAAACCUUUAGCCACAUCGGAUCACAUCUAUUUCGGUGGAUAUCCACCUAACGCAAAGCAUCAUUAUCAGUCAGUCACCAGCAGCGGCUUCGAAGGUUGCAUCGACAAUGUUAAUAUCCUAGACACUUCAGUCGAUCUCACUCGCAAUGUCCAGGCAUUCGGAGUCAUGCCUGGUUGUCCAGUCAGGUUCGCCAGCCUCGUCUCUUUCGAGAAGCAUCUACCCGGCUACGUGAGAUGGCGCAACUUGGAAUCCAACGGUUUCCAAGUGAAUCUUAAAUUCCGAACUUUAGCCAAUGAUGGUUUGAUCUUCUACGCGACCAACGAUGACCAAGGAAACGCGGCCAUCAGUUUCUUAUCGCUGAUAGAUGGCCAACUGGUAUUCAACAGUCAGGGCGAGGUGCUCAGGACCAACCCGUCGGACGUCAAAUUCAAUGAUAAUGAGUGGCACGUAGUAACCGCCACUCACAGCGAAUCGGCUCUCAGCCUUGACAUCGAUGACAUGAAGAGUUACAGCACCGACUCGGCGCCGCCAGCUUUGCACUUCCUCUACGGCAGUCUGUACAUCGGCGGACUGCCAUUGACUGUUUUGACUGUCGAACCUAUCGACGCUGUGCCCUUCGUCGGCUGCAUCGGCGACGCGACAAUUAACAGCGAGAUCAUUAUCAAUUUCGCUAACACGACUGAGAGGCCGCACGCGUUCCUAGGAAAGUGCAAGGGCGGUGAACAGACGCCCUUACCUCCGGUCGUUGAACCUGAAUUUUUGCCACCGUUAUUGCCAUCGGAGGUUUCCGAGGAUACGGUGGAAUCGUCGACUCAAAUCAACAUCGUAGACGUCGAUAUAGACAAAGAUGACAAUGUGUGGGAAGAACCUAAGUUAGAAGGGCGAAUUAUUGAUAAAGACGAUGUCACUACCACGGCUACCACGCAGCAGCCUCAAACUGUCGAUGAAUGUAAAUUGCCAUAUUACCCAGUAGUGGAUUCUGAUGUCAAAAAUUCUUGGCGAUUUGGUGUCGCGAAGAACAGUAGAUUAGAAUAUAGGACGCUGAAGGGAAGAUACAAGGACGAUUACGACUUCCAGAUCGAUAUAAAGACAACAGAGGAAAGUGGAAUUAUAUUCUACGCUUCCGGUCUCAAUAACGUGAAUUUGAUCGCCGUGUACGUGCACAACGGAAAGGUUCAUUAUGUAUUCAACUGCGGAAGCGGAUCAGCGUUAUUGGAAAGCGAAAAGAAGAUCAACGACAACAAGUGGCACAUAGUGGUCUUCAAAAGGGAAGGUAAUUUUGGUUCGCUGACUGUGGACGAGGAGAAGCCGAUAUCGGGAUACUCGCUGGGAGACCGCACAACUAUCAACGUCAAUCCACCGUUCUUCGUGGGUGGCGUUUUGCCGGAAAUAUCCAAUAUCGUGUAUACAAAUAUUGGUACCAAUAGGACGUUUAACGGUUGUCUAGCAAAUUUCAUGUUGAAUGGACAAACUGUCGGAGAACCAUCCGAGAAAGUAGGCGUAAUACCUUGCUGGAAGGAAGCCGAGUCUGGUCUCUUUUUCUUCCCAGGAAACGGAAGUAACUUGUACAAAGCAGUCGACAGAUUCAACGAUAUAGGCCAACUCGACAUCCAGAUGGACAUAAAACCGCGCUCAACGUCUGGACACUUGCUAUCAAUCCACGGUAAGAAAGACUAUCUCGUGAUAGAGAUGAUCAACGGUGCCAUCAAGUUCCUCAUAAAGACGCAAAAGGGCUUAAUCGAGACCUCGUAUGAGCCAACGAAACCAAACUUCUUGUGCGACGGUAGCUGGCACAAUAUUAAAGCUGUCAAACAGAAGAACGCGAUGGUGCUGUCAAUUGAUCACAACGCGGCACCACCCUCAAUUAGUGGCAAAAAUGUGGGCAGGGUCAUGUCACGGCAGCCGAUAUACAUCGGUGGCCACUUGCUGCUGAAAAGUGGACUGCAAGGCAGUACCUCACAGGCUCAAUACGUCGGUUGCAUAAGGAACAUUCGGAUCAACUCGAAACCCAUCGGCAUCAGGCCCGAGCGAGCCUAUGGACAAGUCGUCGCCGGUGUGUGUCCGAUUAAUUAAAACGAUCGAAAGAGUGAAUUUGAAUCUGAAAUUAUCAUCUUUUCUGUUCUCCAAAAUAUCGUUUUUAUUAAUCUCUAUUAAUGCCUAUGCAUGCAAAAGAUAACAAUAGAAAUAAAUCCAUGAAAAUCUGUACUUAUAUAGAUCCGUUAGUUUUUCUCUUUCUUAGGAAAAAUAUUUUCUCAAUUUUUCCUAAAAGUUAUGUGAAAAUAAGUUACUUGUACAGGAUGAAGAAACUUUGUAAUACCAAAGAUAUAUGAUUUAAUAAAAAAAUUUUAGUUAUAUAUACAUAUAUAUAGAUGGGAAAUUUUAUACGGAAAAGGACGCAAGUCAAAAACGAGAUUAGAAUAUUUAUAAAAUUCAUAAGCGUUUUAUUCUUUAUGAAUAUAUAUAUAUAUGUGUAUUCUGUAAUAUAUUUGUGCGUUAUCGCGCACUCGGCACAUCUUGUAAAUAAAUCCAAAUUCUAAUACAUAAUAAAUUCUAAAAAAUUCGUUUUCGGUUCGGAGAUUUUUUUUUAUUCAGUCUUGUGACACCGUUUAAUAUUACUUAAAAUCAUCAUUCUUAAAUCACACUUGUCUCUUCGUCAAAGUAUGUACAAUGCCGCUUCGCUAUAAUGAUCGUACUUUAAAUUAUUUUGUAAUUUUAUAACGCAAUAUAAAAAAGGAGAACUUUAAUAAAAGUGCAAUGAAUAAAUGCGUGUUUGCCAUAAAAAUCGUGCCGAAUAUAGCGUAGAUCACAUGCAAUCUCAUAAAAAUGCAAUCGUGGAAAUUAUAAAAAUGAAUUUGUAUAAAAAUGAAAAUUAUAUCAACUUAACAACAGAAUAAAUCACACCUUUUGAAAAAUAA